GCCCUCAGUAAGAACCCUUCGCUUGGAUUCGAGAGGGCCCUCCCACAGGCCAAGCUGCACUGUGGGACACGUACCCCCACGCUGUGUGGACUGGUGGCCUUGUGGAUGGCAGAAGCUCUUCUGUCAACACCUGACAGCGUCUCUCUGGAAAGACUAGUGCAGGUGGCCAAGGAGAGAGGCUACACCGCACAGGGAGAAAUGUUCUCAGUGGCUGACAUGGCCAAACUGGCCCAGGAGACUUUGGACUGCCAGGCUGAGCUCCUGUGUGGUGGCUUGGGUGGUCCCAACAGAGAACGAGUUCUACAGCACCUCAUCACUGGACAUCCCCUGCUCAUUCCCUAUGAUGAGGAUUUCAACCACGAGCCGUGUCAAAAGAAAGGCCAUAAGGCCCACUGGGCAGUGAGUGCAGGGGUCCUGAUAGGUGUGCAGAAUGUGCCAAGCCCUGGCUACAUUGAAGACUCUGAGCUACCAGGCCUCUUCCACCCAGUGCCUGGUGCACCCCACCAACCACCAUCCUUCCCAGAGGAAAGCUCCCCAGGUGCCCUCUUCCUUCUCUCCAAGCAGGGCAAGAGUUGGCAUUACCAGCUGUGGGACUACAGCCAAGUCCGGGAGAGCAACCUGCAGCUGACAGACUUCUCACCCGCAAGGGCUGCCGAUGGACAGGUGUACGUGGUACCUGCUGGUGGGGUAGAGGCUGGCCUCUGUGGCCAGGCCCUGCUGCUCAGACCACAGGAGGGAAGCCAUUAGCUGGGGCUGGGACACCUGCAUUGAACUUAACUCUAUCAACAUUAGAAUGCUUCAGCUUCUUCCCCUAAUGUGACAUUUUCAGUCCAGUUAGUUUCAUUUGAUGAGAGUAUCUUGAAGGCCGCCUGCCCGGAAAUCUUUCACUAGAUCACCCCAUAUAUGGAGUCACAAGCUUGACCACUGUCCAAAGUCUAAACUAGUUACCUUCAGAAUCAAGCAUUCCUUUGACUAAGGGAGACUUGGUUUUGUGGAGGGUUUGUUUUUUAAAGCAUGGUCUCUGCCUUGCAGGUGGUAGCACAUAUUCUAAACCCAGCACUCGAAGGUGCAGCAGCGGCUCUCAACCUGUGGGCCAUGCAGCCGUACUUGUACUACUGUGUUUCUUCCACCCCUUCAACCUCCUAAUGGUAGACAGGAGAGAAAAGGAUGGAGGGGAAAGGGGCCAGCAUUAUCCUUCAACUACUUGCUGCUGAUUGGGGCGUCAAGUUCCUUGGGGGGAAAUUUGAUCUUUGCUGUCAGGAUAUCUAAUGUCUUCUUCCUCUUUUUUCUUUUCCCUUAAGAUUUAUUUAUUUAUUCAUUUCAUGUAUGUGAGUAAACUGUAGCUGUCUUCAGAGAUACCAGAAGAUGGCAUUGGAUCCCAUUACAGAUGGUUAUGAGCCACUAUGUGGUUGCUGGGAAUUGAAUUCAGGUCCUCUGGAAGAGCAGCCAGUGCUCUUAACUGCUGAGCCAUCUUUUCAGCCUCCCUAAAUUUAUUCCUUUUGUUUUGUUUUGUUUUGUUUUUUUGGUUUUUUUUUUUUUUUUUUUUUUUGAGACAGGGUUUCGCUGUGUAGCCCUGGCUGCCCUGGAACUCACUCUGUAGACCAGGUUGGUCUCAAACUCAGAAAUCUGCCUGCCUCUGCCUCCCGAGUGCUGGGAUUAAAGGCACCUAAUUUAUUCUUGUUUCUUCUUUGUUCACAACUACUUAACAAACCACAACCAACAACCCCUCAACACCCAGGACCCUGGACAUUUAUUUAUAUAACAUCUGAAAAGCCCCCAGAAUUCCCAAGGUCACAGUCUCAGAAACUAUUUGCAGAUGGCAAAAUCAUACCCCUGCUACAGCAUGAAGCAAAUCCCAGCUGCUGUGGACAGCCCAUAUUCCACACCUGGGAUUAAAAUGAAAACAUACUCCCAUAAUAUUUCUAUGUUUUUCAAAGAAACCAAAAUUUUUGCUACAGAGUCAUGACCCCUUUGGGUGUCAAAAGACCCUUUCACAGGGAUUGCCUAAGACCAUCAGAAAAAAUAUAUAUUUACUUUAUGAUUCAUAAUAGUAGCAAGAUUAUAGUUAUAAAGUAAUGAUGAAAAUAACUUUAUGGUUUGGGGUCACCACAACAUGAGGUUAUUAUUCAAGGGUUGCAGCAUUACAAAGGUUGAGAACCACUGAGAUAGAGGUAGCUGAUCUGUGAGUUUGGAACCAGCCUGGUCUACAUAGCAACAUCUAAGCCAGCCAGGGCUACAUAGUGAGAACCUGCCUCAAAAGCAAAACAGCAGUCUUACUAUGUAGCCCUAGAUGGCCUAGAACUCCCUAUGCAGUAGGCCAGGUUGGCCUUUGCUUCCUGUGUCCUGGGAUUAAAGGCCUGUUCCUACAUGCCUAGCCUAGAAGGCUCUUGGUAGUAACUCAGACCCUAGUCGUGGCCCUCCCACCUGAAUGUGACAUCCACUGGUCUUUCUUUGGGGGAAUUGUUAAAGACACUGUCAGUUCACAGAGCAGGACUUAGCCCAGCUUCCUUCUCCUUGGCACACUCAGACUACCCCGUCUACCUGACCGCUGUGCUGGCCUUUCAGAUACUGAGACUGAGGUGCCAACGACAGCCUUGAGCUAAAUGAUGAUCACUCUCCUUGAGCUGGCAAGAUGGCUUAAUGGGUAAAGGUGCUUGUCAAGCCAGAUGACCCAGGGCCCCGAGCGACAGAACAAGAACCGAUCCCCACAGGCUGCCCUCUCACCUCCAUUCACAUUCACAAAAUUCAAAUGUAAUAAAAAGAUGUUUUAAACCUUACUCCCCCUAACUUCUCCAUCUUAGCUCCAAUAUCAUUUCCUCUUCAAAGAGCUCCUGGGAUGCCUCCCUUCCACACAGUGAGGAGGAGAGGAAUACGAUGUUUGUUUGGGUUUUUUUUUUUUUUUUUUAAAGACAGAUUUUGUCAUGUUCGUUAUGCAGUCCAGGUUAACCUUGAACAUGCUACAUCCUGUCCAAAGCUGCGAUGGUGGUACAGGCCUGUAACCCCAGCAUUUGGAACACAGAAGCCAGCUAACAGUCCAUGCUCAUCAUCAACUCCAUGACAAGUGCAGGGCCAACUUGAACUAUGUAAGACUCUUACAUAGGCAGUGCAGUGUGUGCCUCUUCUAGUGUAUCAGCUCUUCAGGACUGUAUGGAAAGUGACAGGCACCCGGGACACCUGCUCAGAAGGGGGCAAACAAGCCUGGGGGGCUGCAGUGCUCCCAGCCAAAGGUCACAUUCUAGAGGAGCUAUAUGGUGACAGUGUCAAGGCACACACCCAUCCCAGCACUCUGGAGGCUACACAAGAGGACCUCUAGUUCCAGACCAACCUAAGCUACACAGUUGAGGAGAUGGCUCAGCAAUUAAGAGCACUCCCUGCUUGCAGAGUUUGGAUCCCAAAUCAGGCAGGUAGAGCUGUAACUUCAGCUCUGAGAGCAGGCAGUCCAAUGCCCUCUUCUGACCUUAGGCACCUAAAUACAUGUAGCAUCCACACACACACAAAAGUACAAAUCUUUUGUGUGUGUUUCAAAACUAUUUCUCUGUGUAGUCCUGGUUAUCCUAGAACUCGUUCUUAGACCAGGCUGGCCUUGAACUCAGAGAUCUCUGCCUCCUUCUAUCCCUCCACCCCACCACCCAAGUUAAAAGAACGUGUCGCCACCACCCAGUGAUAAUCUUUUCUUUAAACUCUAAAAUACAAAAAAUAAUGGCAUUUCUGAGUUUUGAAUGAGAGGUGAACCUCCCUCAGCCUGCUCACUCUCCCAAGGUGAUUGAUACCCCAGCAUAGAAGUCCAGACUGUGAAUCUCAGAUGCCAAGAAAAUACCCACAAUGUUGAUUUUGUCCUGUUUAUUGGGGUGCCACUGUAGGCCGGAGGUACAGUAAAGUCAUUUUGCCUCAAUUCCCUGACACCACCACCCCAGGUAACUACCACGUAUAUAAAUAUAUAUAUAUAAAGUCUGUCAGUAGAAAAGGAAGACGUGUCAGCCUUGGCAGACCUUAGGGCUUCACCUUAGAGAAGAGGUAGGUUCCUUGCCAAGCCCAUCCAUAUGGGCCAGGAAGCCGAGGUUCUGGAGCACAGAACACAUUGUUUCUCCCCCACCCCAGAGUUCUAGAGUCUUUGGUUAGAACCACGUAGUCCAUGGUUAGGGCCAGUAGCCACACCCUUUGUGCUUCUGAGCAACCUGGCACUUCAUUCUGCGUGUGAUCAGGGCACUUAUACAGUGAAGCAAGGCUGUCUGGUUCCCAUGGAGAAGCCUCCUCCCCUGCCUCAGAAACUCCUUCCUGUCACUGGAUUCUGCUGGGACAAGAGCUGGGCUGUCAGGGCCAGGAGGAGGAAGUCCUGAGGCUGGAGCUGGUGCACCAAGGAAGGAAGAUGGAUGGUCACAGUGCUGGUACAGAUGGGUAUGGCUGUGGCCUGGGUCUGCAGUAGCUCGGAGUCCACAAGGAACAGAAGGGAUCCUUCCCCGCCCUGGCAGGGAGGAGGGCAAGCUGGCCCUGUGCAGAAGCACUAGGCCUCAGGUAGCAUCAGCAAGCGUCCCAGGAAGACAUCCUCCUCUCAGCACCAGGAUGGGGAUCUUACUGGCCCAGGUGGACAAGUAGCUCCUGCAGGUCUUCACAAAUGAUGCCUGGUCCUCUGGGAAGCAAAAGCCAACCCUUUGGCUCUAGGCUCAAAGAGCUGACUCAGGGAAGAGUUGAUUCUUCAGCUGUGGCCUCUGGUACUCCCUUAGAGGCUUUCCUAGCUGGUCAGGAUGCCCCGUGCUGCCAGGGACCCUCAAGCCCCUCAAGCCUCACUGAUCUGGUGACACUUUGAAGCACCUCAUCUUCCCCCAGACAACAUCUUAGGACUCUUCUAGCCAGACACAUGCUAUCCUGCAAGUGAGCCUAGCAGUGGCAGAUGACGUCAGCUCUGGGCCAGCCCCUGAAGGAGGCAGAUCAAAUUGUCCAGACCCCAGAGGUAGCCGUCCUCACGGUUGCCCUCUGUCCAAGGCAGCCUGUGACUGAGCAUCUGGUGGUCAGGCAGGGCCACUGUCUUGCCGAAGUCAAUCAUCCAGACCUUGGCCAGGCCAGUGUGGUCAUGCACAAAGAGAAGGGAACUGCCCACUACCUGCAGCAGAGAGUGAGAGAAAAGCAGUUAGAGAAAGGAGCAAGCACUAGCUAAUGUAUUUCCCGGUGAGCAGUAAACAGGGUGGUAAGACAGCAGAAACUCUGGAAUGAGGCUACCCACGUUCAAAUCCUGACUCUGAUUCUACAUAAACAGAAUAAUUGUAUAAUUACAUGUAAUGGGCAUAAAUCAUUUCAAAUGGUUCCUGAAACACAACAAAUACACAAUGAAUGUUAGAAUUUGUGUGUGUGUGUCCAUGCAUGAGUACACCCAAAGGAUGGCCCAGAGACUCCGAUAACCUAAGCAAAUAAGCAGGAGUUCACAGGGGAGCUACACCCCUAGGCCCUGUCACCUUCACUUUCUAGCCCUCACUUCUUUGUUUGACAGGGUCUUAGUCCCAGAUGUUCCUGAGCUACCUAGACAGUCCAGGAUGUCCUUGAACUCCAGAUCGUCCUGCCUCUAUAGCGUCCUACAUGGUUUGUGUUAACAAGGUCUCCUCCUACAGGCCAGACUGGCCUGCCUCCCAGCCUUCCUGCUUUUUCCUCCUCCUCCUCCGUGCUAACAGUGUGAGCCACCAGCACACUGGGCUAUUUGCGGUCAUCAUUUCUUAAUCUACUUCACAAGCUCAAAUGUAGUCUCAGCCUUGACCGAGUUAGUGAACUGAGACUGGACAGCAGACCUGGAGAACUUUGCUAGAUUAAGACAGUAGUUUCUUAGGCCUACUGGACUGUGGCUGAUGAUGUUAGACAAGUGGCUUCCUUCCUCUGGCCUUGGUGUCCUGUCUGUACGAUGGGGAAGUCGGUAACCCUCUACCUCCUGGGGUCACCAGAAGAACCCUACAAGCCACAGGCUCCUCAAGUGCCUCCCAGUAUCUGCCUUGAAGUCCUCCUUAGUGGGUGCUGUCAGUGGAGCUUCUAUUUACUUGUUUGAGAGACAGCCAUUGCUGAGCAGGUGUGGUACAUCCACAAUCCAAGCACUGGGGAGGCAGAUGAAGGACAGCCAUAAGCUUGAGGUCAGCCUGGGCUGCACAUGAGUUCUGGGCCUGCCGAAGUCCUGCCGAAGCUAACAGAGUAAACUUGCCUCAAAACAAAGUCACUAAGCCAGCCAUGGUGAUACACUGCCUUUAAUCCCAGCACACAUAGGCAGGUGAAUGUAUAUGAGCUCAAGGCUAGCCUGGGCUACAAAGUGAACAGAUGGGCUAGUGAGACGAAAGGCACUUGCCACCCAACCUGAUGACCCAAGCUGAGUUUGAUUCCUGGGACCCACACAGUGGAGAGAAGAUUCCCCCAUAAGUUGUCCUCUAACCUCCAGUACCUGUCUGGACUGCUAGACCUUGUGAGCCUUAACCUGAGGCAGGAGAAUUAAAAGUCCAAGGCCUGUAGCCUAGACUACAGAGUGAGCUCUUGAGUGUGUCGAGCUUUUGGGGCAGCUUCUAGAAAUUUGGCAGGAAUUUGACAUUGGGCCAGGACAUGGAAGUAAGCUCAGGCAGGAAUCUGAUUUGGGGCUAGAACAAAGAAGUAGGCUUUAGGCAAGAAUUUGACUUUGGACUAGGACUGGUAAGUAGGCUCAGACAUCUUGGUCAUCCUGAUGAGCCUCUAGAAACGGUGACCACAGGGCUUUGUUACCUUGCUUGUUGCUUAACCUGUAACUGACCUUAUUAUCUGCACGUAAUUAAAAUGCUAUAAAAGCAGACUAGGGAAAAAUAAACCCGCUUCAGCCUCAGAACUGGCUGAGGUCACGCUACA